AUGAACAAACCAUGUUUGGAAAAGCUUUUCUGGAAGUUUUACAAAGGAGAAAAAGAGUCUUGGUGCAAUGUGUUGCAGGGAAAAUAUGGUAGAAAGAACCUAACUGGUGGGGUAGAAGAGGCUAAAGCUCAAGAUCCAAGCUUGUGGAAAACCCUUGUCAAAACUUGGACUCUGUAUGGGAAUAGGAGGAUGUGGACUAUUGGAAAUGGUGAAAGUGUGCAUGCAUGGAACAUUUGCUGA